AUGGCAGAGGCAGUGGCAGCCGCUGCCGGCAUGCCAUGGGCAUACAAGGCAAGGAUGAUGUCAAGUGGCUCGAAUGGCCUUCUCGAGGUGCCUGGACCGCUUACCGGUGGCGUGCUCAACCGAUUCCUCACCCUCGAGCUGACGCUAACUCCUUCUGCGGCAGACGGUAUUCCCGAUGACACGGCUGCCGACAUCUUUGCCGCUGCCGCAGAGGCAUGGAUGGCUGCCGGCGUUCGAUCUGUCCUGCUCACCCUUCCUGCUUCUGCUGCGCGUCUUGUUCCGCUCGCCCAAGCUGCUCAGCUUCCUUCUGCCCUCGCAUCGUCAUCAUCAUCGCCGUCGUCGUCAUCGGUCGCACCACCGCUGUUCAAGCUUCACCAUGCAUCACCGGAGAACAACACCAUCACGCUUGGGGCAUGGCUCCGGGACUCGCCUAACUCGCUCCCGCUCUAUGCUACACACUCGGUUGGGUGCGGCGGGCUGGUACUCGGACCGGAUGAGACGCUGCUGGUGGUGCGGGAGCAUGGCGAUCUGCGCGACGGUCCCGAUGCUCGGCCAUCGCAGUGGAAGUUGCCUGGGGGUGCGGCAGACGUGGGCGAGGAUCUACAUGCUGCUGCUGUCCGCGAGGUCUACGAGGAGACCGGCGUCGAGACCGAGCCUGUUGGCCUCAUGGCUGUUCGCCAACUCCACGGCUUCCGCUUUGGCAUCGGCGACAUUUACUUUGUCUUUGCACUGCGACUCAAGGACGCGAAUGCCAGCCUCGACGCCCACCAGCCGCUACCGUGUCCGAACGAGCUGUACGACGCUGCGUGGCUUCCCAUCCGUGACUACGCCGCCAUUGAGAGCCUCUCGCCGAUGAACCGCGCCGUGGCCGACGCGCUGGUCGCGGCGCUCGACACUGACUCGCUCAACGUGUGGGAGCUCUCGCGGCUGCACUACACACAGCCACCGGUCUCUGGCGCCGCACGGUCGUCGAUCAUGUUCAUGGCAUCGCUCUAG